CCUCUCCUGGAUCCAUGGACACACCACAAGGCCCAGAGGCCUCAGAUCCCUCCAGCAGUCUAAGCCCUAACUCCAGCAUGACCACAAAAGAGCUACAGGAGUACUGGAGGAAUGAGAAAUGCCAAUGGAAACAUGUCAAGUUGCUCUUUGAGAUCGCAUCAGCUCGCAUUGAGGAGACAAAAACUUCUAAGUUUGUGAUGUACCAAAUCAUCGUCGUGCAGACAGGGAGUUUUGACUGCAAUAAAGCCAUCCUUGAACGGCGCUACUCGGACUUCGAGAAUCUCCAGAAAACCCUCCUGAAGAGUUUCAGGGAAGAGAUAGAAGACGUCGCCUUCCCCAAGAAGCACCUGCUGGGGAACUUCACGGAGGAGAUGAUUUGUGAGCGCAAGCUGGCUUUCAAAGAGUACCUGAGCCUGCUCUACACCAUCCGCUGUGUGCGCCGCUCCCGGGAGUUCCUCGACUUCCUCACGCGGCCCGAGCUGCGCGAGGCCUUCGGCUGCCUGCGGGCCGGCCAGUACGCCAAGGCCUUGGACAUCCUGGCGCGCGUGGAGCCCCUCCUGGAAAAGCUGACGGCCCACUGCCCGGUCACCGUGGUCCCAGCCCUCUGCGCCAUGCUGGUGUGCCACCGCAACCUCGAGCGCCCGCGGGAGGCCCUCGCUGUGGGCGAGAGGGCCCUGUGUCGCCUGCAGGCCCGGGAGAGCCACCGGUAUUACGCCCCUCUUCUCGACGCCAUGGCUCGCCUGGCCUACGCGCUGGGCAAGGACUUCGUGUCCCUGCAGCAGAGACUGGAAGAAUGCCAGCUGCAGAAGCCCACCUCCUGCGGACUCCUCCUGAAGGAGCUCGUCGUUCGGGAAUAUUUGUACUGA